CAACGCCGAGCGCUGAGCCCGAGCGGCCGCGUUUUACAUAACAAACAAAGCACAGCGAAAUACCGCUAAAAGCCGCAACAAAAGCAAAAGCAGGAAAAAGAAAAACAUUUUACGGAAAAUAUUAUAAAAUUAGCACUAUGUAAAACAGAGAGAAGCGAACCAAAUUGGACAACUGCGGGCACAGUGGUGGCCAUUGUCAUUGCACCGCUGCAAAUCGAACAAGAGGCUAACGGUUUGGCCAUGCCCACAACGCCAACGCCCACGCUCACCAGCGACAGCAGCGCCGUGCUGCGACGUCGACAGCUGCUGCGCAGCGUUGAGAGCUUGCGGCUUCGCGUUCGUCAAGUGUUAAAUUGUGUUAUUAAUUUGCACAUUGAGUUUUUGGUGCUCGAGUCGAAUGUGACCGCGCUGCUGGACGAGGUGAGGUCGAUAAACGACGACUACGCGGAGGUGCAUCGCCUGGACAGCCUGAUCGAGGCGCUGCGCAACUACAGUGGACCCACCAUCUGUCACGAGUGGCCAUAUCCUCUCAUAUUCAAGGGCACAAUCGACGAGGCGCACGUCGCACAAAUACUCAACACAACGGAAACGGAAAUGGAACUGGAACUGGAAUCACCCUGUGCCAAGGAUGAGCUGCUGCUGCUGCAGUCGGGCAUAAGUGCGAGCGAGAUGACUAGCCUGAGCAAACGUUCAAAGCUGUGGCGGUUCACAAGAACCAGAUCCACGAACGGAACGUGUGUAAGCUGAUUUGCAAGAGUGUGUGUGUGUGUGUGUGUGCGAGUUUUUUAUAUACAUGUGUAUAAGUAUCUGAUAUUGAAGUUUUAAUAUUAUUUUAUUUUAUUCUAUGUCAAGGAAUACCAAAUAUAUUUAUAUUAAAUAUUGAUAA